GUGUUGUCAAGAAGUCUGCCAGCUAUUUCAUCAAAAUAUAAACAAGAAUAUGGGAUGCGGAUCUUCGUCGAGUCGCCACAGAGAUAAAUUUAAGGCCUCUGUAUUUCCGCUCACUACGGCUCAAAAGUACCUGGUACGCGAGACCUGGGAAACAAUCGAAAUCCAUAAGAGUUCUGUUGGGAAGAAGACUUUUAUCAAGUGAGUGUAAUGUAUAUAUUAAGAAGACAGUUCAAAUCGCUCAAUCUAGAGUCUCCACUGAGAUUGAUUAUAACUUUCAUCUCAAAAAAAGUUGGUACAACGUUAUAUUUAUUUCACUACGUAGAUUUUUCAUUUUAGAAUGUUUUUGUAAAAUAUGAAUAGGUCCGUUCAAUAUUGUAUAGCUCCAGGAAUCAAUAUAUUCACUUUAGCGUUUAAUUUAACAUGUCAAAAAAGCCAUUGGUGAUCGAGUGUUUUCUAUGAGACUGAAAAGAAAUAUUACAGCACAGCCAAAACUAGCAAUUUAUUUAUGCUUCGUCUUGUAAAAUCAUUUGAAAAGACAAUAUCGCUUUAUUUAAUUCCCUUUUUUUUUGUUCCAACGGAUAAUAAGGCUUAGCAACUUUAUGGAGAGAGGGAAUUCUGGGUUUUAUCACAAACUUGCAUAGAAGUGGAAAACGUAAAAAAGUGAGAACUUCUGUAGCCGUUUAUUUUUCGGUUCCCUUCGUAGUUUUUAAUGAUCAGUAAUAAUUGAUUUGAUAAUUUUUUCGGUUGAACAACUUUAUUCCUCGUUAUCGUCACGUUCCCUCUUAAGCGUGGGCACUGAUCAUCGUUCGCCGUAAAAAUCUUUUCUCCGAAUUAGGAGACCAGUCAAACUCCACGAGAAAUGGGAUAAAAAUGAAAAUAAAAAUAACGGUGUUGUGUUCGUAAUACAGAGUAUUCAUCAGCCACAAGACGUUUUUCAGGUCAUGUUGAUCUAAAUUGGUUUCCUGUUCCAAUUCAACGUAAUACGCUGGCACAAUUUCAAGCGAUAUUUAAGUAAAGCUUUAAAUUUCGAGUUUUCUCUCACACAAAGUUAUGGAAGCAAAGACACCAUACGGUAGAAAAACUAAUUUCUUCCAGGAUUUCAUGUUUUUAAUCUUAGAAUCUAUCCCAAAAACUUACUCUGCGGUGUACUAAGCAAUUACUUAUUUCAUCAAAACACAAUGUCUCUUUUAUAUAAAUCCAUAAUUCGAUAUUGAGAGCUUUAAAAUACUCCACCAAGGUUACUUCACAUCCAAAUGAUAUCUUGCAUAAUAAUAUAAAUAUAACUUAGAAAACCGUCCUAAACGGCCUGUAAUUUGAUUUUUGCGAGAAAAUUAUAGAUUUCCUUACCCUCUGAAAAAGAUGGUCGAAAACCGCUGUUUGCUUUGCUCCAAAUUAAACCAGUGCUUUCUCAAACAAUAGCUUGUACUCCAAUUACUGUUUCAGUUCAUAUGUGGUUGCAACGGUGCGUAGUCUCAUGCUAUAGCUAAGGAUCCGUGGGCUUACUCCUACGCUUUAUUGCGUUGGUAAAUUAUUUUGAAUGGACUGAAUUUAUCACUGACUUAAACCUGUAGAGGAAAGUUUAAAAAAACCAUAUCAACCUUUUUAAUUUAGUGUCCACGAUAUUAACGAAGGUAAAUUCGCAUAAACAGGAUCGUGAAAAUUCGGAAAUGGCUAUGAAUUUAAAUGGUCGUUCAUCUCUUUUGCGAGAGUUUCUGAUUUUUUCAUCAAAACUUCGCUUUUAUCACUUGUAAACGGUGCAGCUGUACAAGCGAUGAAUGGAGUAGAAGAGCAAGCUGUAUCAACGGGAAAGUUUGAACACUUCAACCCCUAAGAGUGAUAAGUAACUAUUUUCUCUUGCCAGUAUCACCUUUAAAACAAACAUUGAGGUCAUGAGAAUAAAGGAAAUGAUCAGCAACUAAAGAAGCUCUUGAUUGUUAAACAAAUUCUCUUUGUCAGCACCAUAGGAAAUGUAUAAAGAACAGUGAGGAGAAAAUGCAUGCUAAUGUUAGGGUGUAGAGGGUGAAAGGAUACCUUCAACGCGAAUCGUGCAUGAUCAAGAUUUUUUAUUAACUUGUUAGCAGUAAAACAAUAGUUUUAAAAAUAAAAACAUUUAUUUACGUUUUAGCUUUUCAACCCUUUACACCCUAGCAUCAGUAUGCAUAUUCUCCAUACUGUUCCCUAUACAUUUCCUAAGGUUCUGACAGGGAGAAGUUGCUUAACAAUCAAGAGCGUCUUUUAGUGGUGAUCAUUUUCUUUAUUCUCAUGACCUUAAUUUGUGAUCGAGGGGAGUGAUAUUGUUCGGAGAAAUUAGAUGCUAAUCACUCUGAGGGAUCAAGGGGUUAAUUGUGUCUACGUGUUGGUCGAAACCUGUUCCUGACAAUCAACCAGGACACCCCCCCUCCCUAAUUUAAAGUAGCACGUUUGUGAAACAUUAACCUCUUAGUCCGUAAUGAGAUUACAGAUUUUUAUUUUUUUAUCGCGACAUCGUCUCGCUAAAUGCUUAGCCGCAAUUAACUAAAUACAUCAAUUGGUCUGUAGAAAUAAUAUGAACGUUGAUCUGCAAAAGAUAUUGUUUUUUUUAUCUACACAGUGGUCAUCCCUAAUAGACCUUCAUUUUCUUCAGAAUAGCUACUUAAUCGGUGAAAAGAGAGCGAUUGCUUUGAUAAAAUAUAACCAUGUAGUACAAAAGCCAAUAAUUACUAUAUUCAAAACGGCUUUUGUCUGUCCAAGACGCUCGAUUUACGAAAACUAAGUAAAAACUUGUCUUUUGGUUCGUAAAACUGUAUGUCUUAAGAAUUUUUUUUUAACUCGUUACUGCUACUCUAGGAUUUCUCUGAUAUAAAUAAAAAUAAACUUUACAUAUUGCAUUGUCACUUACAGGGGAAGUCAGCUACUGUGCAUAGCCUUAACAUAUACAUUUUUACAUCUUUGCAGAUUCUUUGAAAAUAAUCCUGAAUAUCAGCGACUUUUUCCGGAAUUUAAAGAUGUACCGCCCUCUGAGCUUGCAAAGACAAAUGCCUUAUAUGGUCAUGCGAAAAGAGUGAUGAAAGCGGUGGAGAAUGCCGUCUCUGCAUUGGAUGAUUCUGAGAGUUUUAGCGCGUAUUUGGAAGAAUUAGGACGCAGACAUAAAACACGUUUCUUGAAACCAACAUAUCUUGACGUAAGUUAAUAGAUAACUUUUCACUGACUGACAUCAUAUAUUUGAUUUUUAGUAUCAUUGCCUAGGCGAUAACAGAGCUGCUACUCUAUAAUUGGUCAGAACUAAAUCAUAUCUUGCUAUAUCUACCAUGCAUGAAGCUUCUUUUUGGCUAAAUAUUCUGGCGUUGCUAAAGAAGAAAAAGGAGAUGAACGAGAAAUCCUAAAAAAAACAAAUUCAAGCUUGAAUUGUGAUGCCUGUCAUUUCCUCCAAAAAUGAUCAAUUCCCUUUUUUCCUCUCAGUCCAUGCAGGAGGCCCUGAUGUUUGUUCUUAAAGAUCUUCUCAAGUCUAGUUGGACUGAGGAAACUGCAGAUGCCUGGAACAAGUUAUUCCAGUUCAUCACAGAACACAUGGUUUACGGCUUGCAGUCGUGAUACACAAGAAACAGUUACAGAAAGACAGAACUCUUAUUUCCCCUCAAAGGCAAUGACCAUCUAGUUUAGAAGCGGGUAGGGUGGGAUACUAAAACAGCGAACUCCGAAGCAAGAGGAAAGCUUUAUGACAAAGAAAAAAAUAUUCUCGAGCCUAGUUUUCCCGCGGCCUAAAGUUGGAAUACAAAGCAUACGGUCUGGGUUCGAGUUAAGUGAAAGCAUAUGAAUUAGACACAAAAUCGUAGACAUUAUAUUUGAAGCACAGAUAAUUGCACAAACCUCUCCUCUUUGUCUUCUUUGAAUAAGAUUAUGGCUCUUACUAUGAUGAAAUUACAAAGGAGCCAGUCUGACAGUCGCUGGUAUAUUGAAAACUUUUGCUAGUCAAAGUUUCAAGCACGAAAUAUUUAUCGUCAUGUUAACUAAGCAAAGAUUUCUUUAAAACUAGCCAAAUGAGUCCCCUUCAGAGGGAAAAUUAACCAACUUUUCCCCGUGCACACUUCAUGAACGUCAACUAAAGCUACAUUUAAGGUCAAUGAGAAAUUUUAAAAGACAAUGCGAAAACUUAUUUCCAUCAAGUUCUAAGCAUAAAUGCUAGUUUCUUGAAGCCGUUUCUAACACAAACGGAUUGCGUGGUAGGUUAGGGUUGAACUGCCCAGAGGUAGCAUUUGUAGCCACUACGAAUGUCAUGCAUUGAACUUGUAUUGUCGCUUAGUCCUAAUCGCAAGGUGACACGUGAAUAACAGAUCGUCUUCUCAAGGUGAGCUCUUCGCGGUUUUUGUCUGUUUAAACAAAAAUUUCAAGGAAACCUUCUCACUUUCAGGUGUACUAGGGUGUUUUCUUCCCCAUAAGUUUAUUUGAUUUUGCGAUUCUGACAUCAUUUCAGCUUAACACUUAUUCAAAAAUUGUCUGUACGACAACACGAGCUACAAUGCUUUAUUUUGUGCUUUGUGUUUCCCGC